AUGGAUUACUAUCGACGGCUCCACCAUAGCUCCUAUCCACCACGACCAUCACCGUUAGGAACCUCGCAAGAACCGCGCGACGAGCGUGCUCUGACGCUCACUUCCCCCGCUGCUCAGGAUACACGACGAGUUGAGAAUGCAAAGGUACGGUCGACAAGUCGCUACGAGAGUCCCCAUGCGACUUCCCCUAUAUAUUCAUCCGGCGCAUCGCGUGCAUCUAUGUCGCACCCGCUUCGCGAAAGCACCAGCGCACAUGUCUCGCCAUCCAAGGCCCAGCAAGUACAACAACAUCGUCGGCACGCUAGUCUAGAGUCAAGGCAUCAACCACAUGCACACCGCAGAAACCAUUCCCAGCCACAAUCAGGCCAUGCCCGAGAAGAACAAACUAACGUUUGCGCUAUAGGACAACAAGAACAAUCUGCGCCUCCCGCGUUCGGCCAUCGACAAAUGCCUCCCCCAUCAUCGCCUCACUCCUACGCCUCACGAUCGCAGUCAGCCAACGCGCCUACAUCCCUACUUUCUCGCGAUGGGCCAGGAAGCCAGUCUCAUCGGCCGGGGAGUAGCAUGUCUAUAUCCGCCAUGUUAGGCUCUGAUCCGGAGCGACCGAGCCGAGAUGCAUCGUCGUUGUUUUCGCGCCCGUCCGCGUCGUCGAUUUUUGGCACCACUUCGGCUUCCGUUACAGCCGGCAUGUCACCUCCCACUGGGCCAACUCGCCCUUCCCCAGUUGACUUUCGUCGGUCAGAGACACCAGAGAAAGCAUUUUCAAAGCCACAGCCGGGUCGUCCAUACCGAUCUGGCUCUGGUGGCGGAUCAAGCUUCCUAGGUGCAGAUCAAUCAAAAUUCGGAAGCCUGUCACGCAUGCCUCCCUCGCAAUACCCCGAGAAAUCCCAUUCAACGCAACCCUCCCCUCAUAUCUCACCCGCUGACCUUCCACACAACGAGCCUCGUCGGAUGAGUUUCAGUGGUCCGAUCGCCCGCUCCAGUAGCCAGCCACUCAACGCCGAGGUGGCCGCACGACCGCCUGCUUACAGCCCGCUCUCCCGCCCGUCGGGGGGAUUAACAGAGCGAUUUGAUCAUGGGCAAAGAGCUUCCGCGGCAUAUGCAGGUCUUGAUCAUCAUAAUCGUUUCGGAAGUCUGUUUGGAGACCGCCGUUCAGAGGAGAUUACGCAUCGGGAUGCCGAUCGUGCGCCUCAUGGUUUGGAUCCAAAAGGGCCGAUGGGGGGAUCAACUCGAUUCAGCUCGAUCUACGGUGAGAGAGAAUCACAUGAUUGGCAUUCAGGUGCUUCGUCAUGGGAUCAUGGCCGCUCACAUCCAUCCUCUCCAGAGAGCACGCGUAUCGCUGCGCCCGAGCCGGCGUCAAGUUUUGGCUUUGGAGCGAUCCAAAGUUACACUAAAUCUUUGGGAUCCCAACCUGGCGGUGGCCGUCAGCCACUGUCUCUCCAUACUGGUCAUUCUCAGCCAACAUCUUCUCCUCGCGAGUCACCUUACUUGAGUAAACAAUCGACACAACCCUCACGUCUCGGGUCUACACCGGCCUCAGCGGCUGCGGCUGGAGCAGGCCUCCUUGGUCUUGCAGCUGCUGGAGAAGAAGGGCGUCGAAAGGGAAGUGAUGAACUACUGCAACACCGUAAUUUGCUUGCGGUAGGUAUAGAUGGAAAGCGCGGCGGUCGCGCGUCUCCACUUCCUCAAGCUGUACAAGGCGCACAAGCCCCGUUUAUUGGAGCGUCGGGUGAGCCAAGUAUAAAGAAUGAUCUAGGAAGAGUGUUUUCUGGCAUUGGUAGCGGUGUCGGAGGUGUGACGGCCGGUUCAUCUGGAAGUGGACCGUCAACGCCUUUGACAUCAAGUCCUUUUAAGCGCGACGGGACUACCGCGCGCUCCGUGAAUGGUGAUGUUGAUGAUGGGAAAAUUCCUCGUCCUACAUCCACAGCAGGUAUCAGGCGAUCCCGGAAAUCCCGGGAUGAAGAUCAGAUGGAGCUUGAGGGUGGUGGACUGUCUUCGCGAUCCCGUCGAGCUCGACAUUUGCACCAACAUCAACAUCACCAUCAUCACCAGUAUGUAUCUGGACACGGGUCUAUCAACGGCUCCCAGGCACUAACUACGUUAAACAGCCACCAUCAUCACAGACACAAAGCAGAAGAGGAGGCAGCUGCCUUGAAUGGUCUACACCGGCCGCUAUCUACAGGCUUCUUUGGGCGAACAUCUACUCCAGCAGAACCUUCCACAGGACAUCAUCACCAUCACCACCACCACCAUCAUCAUCAUGCUCCACGACCUGCUCCUGCGACAGCCUCUCCUCUCCGAGAACCCCGCACCACCGUCAACCUUGAGCCGCUCCUCUCGAGUGUCGCCCACCUUCCCAGGCAACAUCUCGGAUCUACACUCUAUACACCUCGCAUCAGUACACCCUCGGCAAAGGCUUCCUCUGAGAGCUCCAAGUUUGGUUACACGACAAGUCCCCAGCCUCUUCCGCGUCUCGAAAAGCGCGAAAACUGCACUUUCACUAUUCGCGUACCACGUUUCCGGAUCGAUCAAAGUCAUCGCGAGGAGAUCUGUACGCGACGAGCACUAUGGGGCACUGGUGUAUACACAGACGACUCUGAUCCUGUCGCCGCUGCUAUCCAUUCGGGCUUCAUCCGUGGGGCCUGGGGCGAUGAUGUGGAUGAGUCCAUGCUCGAUCUAGAAAUCAAAGACACAUACCAGCACGCCCCGCAAUCAACUGCGGAAGCAACACAGGAGGGCUCCAAGUCAGCCUCGCAGACCAAUGGCCCCCGUGUACCACCUCUUCCUCCAUCUGACCAAGAUCUUCAUAUUACCUUAUUGGUUUUGCCUCGUCUGGAGCGCUAUGACUCCACCGUCAUGUUUGGUAUCAAGUCUCGUAAAUGGGAUGGUCGCCAUGAUGGCGUGAGUUUCAAGGUACACCGAGUGGAUUGGGUGGACGAUGGUGUUGGGCGCGGCGAGGAGCGAAGCGGAGAAGCCCGACGCAAACGCCUACGCACACUGAUGCAGACCGGUCGCAUCUGUACGGGGCCCGCCAUGGCUAAAAUUGAUGAGCUCCGACGAACCGGCGUGCAAGUUUCCCGACCCAUCAACGGCCAAGAGCAGCCCACAACCGUUGAGCCAGUUUCGUAG